AUGCCCGCCCACAUGCGUGUGUCAGGUCUGAGGUUAGGUAGCUGCCAAGCACCGCAACGCUGGACGGACGUCCAACAGAGCGGCCGGGGGAUGGCCUGGCGUCGUUGGGGCUGUUGGGUGUUGGUCAUCAACGCAUUUGCUGAGCUUGCUUUUGUACAAGUAGGUACCUAUGGAUAUGUACGUUCGAUACUCCGCCGCGGGAGAGCAGCCACAGGCUCCGCGAUCCCAAAUGCCCAUCAUCCUGCCGGCAUGGGCAAGCCCGCUCUGGCAUGGGAUUUCCCCGGCUGCUGCGGAGGAUUAAGGCCGAGCAUGUACUUAGUAGAGACAAGCACUGGCAGUGGCUAG